AUGACAACAAAAACGACAAUUACCUUAUCACCAAUAAAACGUUAUCAUGGAUCAAUUAAUUUAAGAAAACGUCGUCAAACAUUUUUAUUAAUAAAUCGUAAACAACAAAUGAAUUUAUCAUUAACAAUACCAAUAAUAAAUUCUUUACCAACAAUGAUUACAGAUAGUUGUGAAAAACAAAUUAUACCAUCAAUGAAAUUACCUGAUCUUGUUAAUGAUAUUCUUAUUGAACAACAACGACGAGAAACUAUUGUUAAUAUUGCAACUAUAUUAAGAAAAGUUGGUGAUCAAAUUGAUGAACAAUUACAGGUGAUUAUCUUUCGUAUAUAA